CAAAGUUCAUUGCCUCCACUCCCUUUCACCUCUCAACACAGGAUCGGAGGAAGCGAGCCACGUGAAUUUCACUGCAAUCUUGAAUCAGAUACCCGUUCGAAGGGACAUAUUUUGAGAAUUUGUGUCUGCAUGUUUUUGUUGCGGACUACAACAAAAAGACUAAGAAUGGCAAGUUCAGCAGUGAAGCAACGUCUGGAACAGAGAGCCCAAGAAGCGGACCAGUUGAUCAGUCAAUUGAAAAAACAAGUAGAUCAACUGAGAACUUGUGCAGUAGCAUCUGGAAGCUCAAGUGGUGCAAGUCUUGCUGUAGAAAAUGCUCAACUGCGAUUGAAUAUUGAAAGACUGAAGACAAAAUUGAAUGAGCUAGAAGCUAGAAAUGGAUUUGUACAGGUCAGUCUACCAAAUGCAGGAGGUAAAUCUUUAACACAAAAUGUAACUCCAGUUGUUGCUAAUGAGCCUGCUCCUCCAGUUACUCCUGUACAAAAGGCAGGAGAAAGUAAACCAAAGAAAGAAAAGAAAGAAAAGAAAGGUGGUGGCAAACCUCCAGAAAAGAAAGACGAUGUCCCUGUAACAAUAUCAGCGAUGGAUCUUCGCAUUGGCAAGAUAGUUGGCGUUAAAAGGCAUCCUGAUGCCGACUCGCUUUAUGUUGAAGACAUCGAUUGUGGUGAAGCAGAACCAAGAACCGUAGUCUCUGGACUUGUGAAUCAUGUACCUAUUGAGGAGAUGCAAGACCGUAUUGUAAUCAUCUGCUGUAAUUUGAAGCCAGCUAAAAUGCGUGGAAUCUUAAGCCAAGCAAUGGUAAUGUGUGCUAGUGGUGAUACAGUAGAGUUACUCACUCCCCCUGCUGGUAGUGUCCCUGGCGACAGAAUCAGUUUUGAUGGUUUUCCAUUGGAUGACUUUCCCCCACAGAUGAACCCAAAGAAGAAAGUUCUAGAAAAAAUUUUGGCAGAUUUGUUUACCAACGAAGAUAAGGUAGCCACUUACAAAGGUAUCCCCUGGAAAGUUGAAGGAAAAGGCAUUUGUAAAGCACCAACCAUGGCAAAGACAAAGAUAAAAUAGAUGAAUGCAGUCAAUUGAAAAAUAUAAACAAAAAAUUGUAAUAGUCUUAUUUAGUUUAUCCUCACUUAUCACCUCAAAAAUAUUACAGCCAAAUAAAUACUCACUGUAACAUAGCGUUUAUCGCUGAUUUUUGGGUCUUGCAGGUUUAAAAUUAUAUUUGGUUGUGUAUUUUUUUAAUGAUUGUUUUAUAAUACAGUAGCUUUUUUUCAUAUAUAUAAUCGGUAUCUUUAUUCAAAAAACUCCUUCAUAAAAAAAAAUACAUUGGUAGCCAAAAGCUAAAUUGGUGUAUUUUGUACAAAAGGAAAACAAGAACGAGAAACGGUAAAAACAUCACAUUAAAACAAUAGAUCAUAGAUUUAAUUUAAUUUAAUUAGUAUUUUGAGUGUGAUUUCCACAGGAUAAAUCAUCAAUUACUGGGGCAGAUGCAUGGGUGUGCAACAGUGCGAUCGCACCCCCUAGAUUGUCUUAAAAAAAAUAAUUGUUGUAUUGUAUUGUUUAUAUAUUAUUUUUAUCAUUGAAAAUAUAUUACCAAUAAGAUUUUAAAAGUAUAAGAGUUCAAUUUCCGGGUGCCUUGAGGUCCAUAUUCUCAAAAUCUUCUCACCUCAGCCCAAACCAUGGUGUGGAUUUUUAUGCACCCCUUACCGCAAAAAUUCUGCAUUUGCCCCAGAAUUACAUUAUCAAACUAUAAUCCCGUCUAUAAAAUUAUAUGUGAAAAAAUAUGUGACAUACCUAAAUAUGCUCAUGAUGACAUUUCAUUUAACCAUUAAAAAAAAAUGUCAAUUUUAGAUCUAUUUUGGCAAUUAGUUUUAAGGCUAAAGCUGGUAAUAGACUAUAAUAUUUCUGUCUGUCGGACUGAAAAAUAUUUGUUCAAACUGUUGAUGAAGUAGAAGGUUAUUCGAACAGCUGUUGGACAUACAUUUGUUUGAUGUCCCAUUAAAUAUGAAUAUUCAAUCCCAGCACGAUGGCAUAUCUUUGCUUGGAGUAUGCAUACUUUUGUAUCUGGCAAAAACUAUAUAAUGGAGUGUGGUUAAGCUGGAAAAUCAUAGUAAAUUGUUUACUGCGUAGCACCGUAACUAAAUGAAUAGGUGAAUAAUAACAGCAGUGCUCGAAUAGGACUAAGUAAUAAUCGUAUUAGGCAUACUGUAGCUCAUCAACAAAAAAAUUAUUGGGUUCAAAUCAGCUUGAGCAGCUGCCCUUCGAGACACUCAGCAUCUGUAAUAUUUUCGGUAGUUAGCAUUUUCAAUUACCAGUAGAAUCACGAUACUAAGCGAGUUAUUUAAUCAAUUGUUAGUGGCGGCGCCAGAUGUCCAGGAUAGGGGUACUGAUGUUUGCGACGAGGAAAAAAGUGGGUGUGGUCAGGCAUCGGUCAAACCUCUCGAAAGUGGUCAAAAUAUGACAAUUUAGGUGUUUCAAAGGCUAUUUUAAUUGAUUUUAGAGUCUAUUAAUAUGUAAAAAAUACAUAUAAUUUUUUUUUCUCAAGGUCUCGGCGUGGGGGGGGGGGGCAAGUUCUCUAGUUCCCGACCCACUUGUAGCGCCGCCUCUGGUCAUUUUAGCAUUCAAGCUCAGUAAAUUUCCCAAACUAUGCCAGCCUGUGUCCCGAACCUUCGGAAUCACAGCAAAAAUUUUAGGAAAUUCUACCUCUAAAUGGCCAGAAAUUACACUUUUAUAUAGUAAAACACAUCACUAUUAUAUAUAUCAAAACGAAGUGCCCAAAAAAUUUUCUUGAUCUUUUAUCUGCGACU